UACUAUCUCUCACACUGUCACACAGAGCCAGCAGCCUCUCUUUAAUUUGUCCUUCACCCCUAUGCCUUACAGUUCACGCCAAACGCCUGCUCUUCCACUGCCACCCCGCCCCCCCUUUGUGCCAUAAUAAAACCACACACAUACUAACCCUCUCUCUCUCUCUCUCUCUUCUCUGUGCAGAAUAUAUCCAUCUCUCUCUUCUGCACACUCACAAACAUAAUGCAGUGCUGCACUAGUACUAGCACUUGCAUUAUGUAUGCUAUAAACAUCCUACGCUGCAGGAUAAUCCCUCCGGAGGAUCAUUGAGAAACAGUUACUACUACACAAUUCUCAUGUUGUUGGUCCCUUGGUACUCCUUUAGCAGUCAGUGUUGAUGAAACGUUUCUCUUAGGCUGAAGCAGCCCCCACCAAGUCAACUGGACUCUUCUUCUGCUGCUUUUCCGGCAUCUGAAGUUUCUCUCCGCACCACUCGGGUGGGCGUUACUGCUUACUGGCUUCUUUCAUCCAUUGUCUUGCAAUAUUGUCAAGAAACUGAAAAGAUAGAAGAUGAAGCUUCAUCUUUUUCUCCAAGUUGCAACUUCAGCUGUAUAUGUGCUUCUUCUACUGCCACUCCCGGGAGCAGCCCUCAGCAAUGAAGGAAGAGCUUUAAUGUCCAUUAAAGCAUCAUUCAGCAACGUAGCCAAUGUGUUGCUGGACUGGAAUGAUAUUCAUAAUGAAGAUUUCUGCACUUGGAGAGGCGUGAUAUGUGGCAAUCUUACCAUGUCUGUUGUUGCUUUGAAUUUGUCUAACCUGGAUUUGGGUGGCGAAAUUUCAAUGGCCGUUGGAGAUUUGAGAGGCUUGCAAUCUCUGGACCUACAGGGAAACAAGCUAACUGGUCAAAUACCUGAUGAGAUUGGCAACUGUAUCUCUUUGAUCCUUCUGGAUUUAUCUAAUAAUCUGCUUUCUGGGGAUAUACCCUUCUCGGUCUCAAGGCUCAAAAAGCUCGAGUUACUGAACUUGAAGAUCAAUCAAUUGACAGGUCCCAUCCCCUCAACUCUUACACAAAUUCCAAACCUGAAAACUCUUGAUCUUGCGCGAAACCAGCUUAUUGGUGAGAUACCUAGGUUGAUCUACUGGAAUGAAGUUUUGCAGUAUCUUGGUUUACGCGACAACUCAUUAAUUGGAACGCUCUCCCCUGAUAUGUGUCAAUUAACUGGCCUGUGGUACUUUGAUGUAAGGGGUAACAAUUUGACUGGAACCAUUCCAGACAACAUUGGUAACUGUACAAGCUUUCAGAUCUUAGAUAUCUCAUAUAAUCAGAUAACUGGGGGGAUCCCUUACAAUAUUGGAUUCCUACAAGUGGCUACUUUGUCUCUGCAGGGAAAUAAGCUAACCGGGAAGAUUCCGGAUGUAAUUGGUUUGAUGCAAGCCCUUGCUGUGUUGGAUUUGAGUGACAAUGAACUAGUUGGAUCAAUCCCUCCCAUUCUUGGGAAUCUAUCAUACACUGGAAAGCUGUACCUUCACGGGAACAAGCUCACAGGGCCGAUUCCACCACAGCUGGGCAAUAUGUCAAACCUCAGUUACUUGCAACUGAAUGACAAUCUUCUGAUUGGUCAAAUUCCAGCUGAACUUGGAAAACUGGGGCACCUUUUUGAACUGAAUCUUGCAAAUAAGAACUUUUUAUUUACUACUUGCUAG